AUGAGACCGUGCCAUUUAGUCGUUUGUGACUCCCAGCUGCCAGGACUGGUGAUACACUUUCUUCGUUCGCAUGCCGGAUGGCUAGCUGAACGGGGACUUCGCGCCAAUCUUUUGCUCCAUUUGGCCAACCUGACUGAUUGUGGCCUAUUAUCGCCUGGACAACUCCGUCAGGCUGUGGGGCUCUAUGAUCAUUUCACUAAUGCAGCAGGAUGUAAUUCCUUAGCUUGA